AUGGGCGGCGCGCGGGAUCGCGAGCUACGCCAGCUCCAGAAGGGCAAGGAGAAAGCCCGGCGGAAAGGAGACCUUAAGGAGGAAGCUGCCCUCUGUAACCAGCUGGGCGAGAUCUUGGCUCGCCAUGGGCGCUUCCAGGAUGCGCUGGAGGAACACCGGCUGGAGCUGCAUCUCCUGGAGAGUGUUGAUGACAUCAUCGGCUGUGCUGUUGCCCACCGGAAAAUCGGGGAGUGUCUGGCUGAGCUGGAGAGCUAUGAAGCGGCACUCAAGCACCAGCGCCGUCACCUGGAACUGGCCCGCUCCCUCUCCAGUCACAUUGAGCAGCAGAGGGCCUGGGCCACCAUUGGCCGCACCUACAUGUUCAUGGCUGAGAACGGCCAAUCGAGCGAGGCCCUGCAGGAGGCGGAGAAAGCCUUCAUGAAGAGCCUGGCUAUUUUGGAGGAAAAGCUAGAAGGGCAAGUCCCCCGGCGGGAGGUGAGUGAGAUGACGGCACGGCUCUACCUCAACCUCGGCUUGGUCUAUGACAGCUUGAAGAACCCAGCCAAGCACACCUACUACAUCAAGAAGAGCAUUUACAUCUCUGAGCAGACUCACCUGUACGAAGACCUCUACCGGGCCUACUUCAACCUGGGCAACAUCCACUUGCGGGAGGGCGAGCACUCGAAGGCCAUGCGCUGCCUGGAGCGGGCGCGGGAGUGCGCCUGCAAGAUGAAGGAGAAGUUCAUGGAGAGCGAGUGCUGCGUGAGCAUCGCCCAGGUGCUGCUGAGCCUGGGGGACUUCCUGGCAGCCAAGCGGUCCCUGAAGAAGGCCUACCGGUUGGGUUCCCAGCAGCCUCAGCAACGGGAAAACAUCUGCCGCAGCCUGCGCUAUGCCUCGAAGGUGAGCCGCCUGCAGCAGGCCCUGGAGGAGGCGGAGGCGGCCGGCCACCGGCCAGCAGCCCUGGGCCUGUGCGAGCAACUGGGGGACCUUUUCUCCAAGGCAGGGGACUAUCCGCGGUCCGUGGAGGCCUACCAGAAGCAGCUGCACCACGCCCAGGCGUUGAAGCGUCCGGACCAAGAGCUGGCCGUGAUUCACAUUUCUUUGGCCGCCACGUUUGGCGACCUAAAGGACCACGGCCGGGCAGUGGAGCACUAUCGAGCCGAGCUGGCCCUGCGACAGGGGAACCCCCUGGAGAACGGGAAGACGUGGCUGAGCAUCGCCCUGGCCAGAGAGGAGGCCAAAGAAAGCUACGAGGAGCUGAAGCCGUGCUUCCAAAGUGCUCUGCGAUGCGCAGAGAAGGCCGGUGAGCCCAAACUGCAGCGUCAGAUCCUGCAGCACCUCCAUGCGUCUCAGCGGAGAUGUGGGUGCCCCGAGGCAGCUGGCACCCUCGCCCGGCUGCAGGACCUCUGCCACUCUCAGGGCUGGCGCUCAGACGGGGAGAUCAGCGAGGAGGAGGAGGAGUUUCAGAGCAGUGAGCCCUUGGAAGCCAGCGACUUGGAGCUCUCCGACAGCGAUGGAGAGGACGACAUGGAGGGCUAUGGCAAAACCGUCCCAGGUCAGCGCAGGGUCAACAAGUGGAACCAGCGGAACGACAAGGGCGAGACCUUGCUUCACCGCGCCUGCAUUGAGGGCAACCUGCGCCGGGUGCAGUUCUUCGUGGAGAGGGGUCACCCUCUGAACCCUCGGGACUACUGUGGCUGGACCCCCCUGCACGAGGCUUGCAACCAUGGACAUCUGGAGGUGGUGCGUUUGCUUUUGGACCACGGCGCCGCCGUUGAUGACCCCGGGGGCCCCGGCUGCGAGGGCAUCACCCCCCUGCACGACGCCCUCAAUUGCGGCCAUUUUGAGGUCGCGGAGCUCCUGAUCCAGAGGGGCGCCUCCGUGCUGCUGCGCAACACCAAGGGCCUGAGCCCCUUGGGGACUCUCCAGGCCUGGGUGCAACUCUACGGCCGGGAUCUGGACCACGAAACCCGCGAGCGCUGCAAGGCCAUGGAGGGCCUGCUCAGGAAGGCCGUGGCGAGCCGAGGCUCCAGGCCUCCUCCGCCGCGGGAUCAGCCAGGCAGCCAGCUGUUUGAUGCAGAGCUCCCGGAGCCCCAGGCGUCCUGCCCUGCAGGCCCCGCUCUCAAGCCCGGGAGCCCGAGGGGGAGCCGGGGGGAGCCUGAGGAGGACUGCAUGAUCCCCCUGAAGCCCGUCAAGAAGAGGCCGCGUCUGCUGGGCCGGAAGCUGCCGAGAGAGGAGGAGCUGGUGCAGCCGGCGGACGUGGCUGAGCAUCGGGGGGCUGGGCUGGCCGCCCCCGCUGAGUACCGGGCUGCCAUGCGGGGGGUGGGCAGUGCCCAUCCCCCACCCAGCCCGGAGCGCCCCCGGCCCCCUCCUGAGCCAGCCCUCAUCCCACCUGAGGAAUACCUCGGGGAUGACUGGCUGGAAGAUGACUUGGGGCCCCCGCCCCGCUCCCGCAAAAGGAACCGCCAGAGUCCCGCCGGGUCGUCCGGGUCGGAGUCCGCGAAAAGCACAGGGUCUGAGAGCGACGGGGGCCCUCCCCCCCAACCUCCCGAGGCUACCAGGAAGAGGAGGAGGCGGAGGAUCCGGCAGAGUCGUCUCACCCAGAUCGUAGACAGGAUCCCGCUGGGGCGGAUUCGGGGGACCGGCACGGUGGGGAGCCCAGAGCCCAGGGCUGAUGACAGCAACCUCGGCGGGGCAGGCCACAGCGCUCAAGCCAACGGGCUGCCGGAGGGUGAAGGAAGCUCCCCUUCCAGAUCCGCACAGCUCCCGGCUCCCCCACCCCCAAUUCGGGUGCGAGUUCAAGUGCAAGACAAUGUCUUCCUUAUUCCCGUGCCCCACAGCGGCAGCGAGAGCCGCCCCGUGUCGUGGCUGGCGGAGCAGGCCUCCCAGCGCUACUACCAGACCUGUGGGCUGUUGCCACGUCUGACCCUGAAGAAAGAGGGCGCCCUCCUGGCCCUUCAGGACCGCAUCGCCGACGUGCUGCAAAGCAACGAGGAGGUGCUGGCCGAAGUGCAGUCCUGGGACCUGCCGCCCCUCGUGGAGAGAUACCGCAAGGCCUGCCGGAGCCUGGCUGUGGGGGAGCACCGGCUGCUCCUGAAGGUGCUGGAGCGGCAGGACUCGGGCCCGUCCUUCAGCGUCUCCGGCGUGGCCCUGCGCCGCCUCCACCUCACCCCGCUCCUUCGGGCGCUCAAGCUGCAGGCCUCCCUCCGGCGCUUGUGCCUCUCCGGCACCGGCCUGGGCGACGACACGGCCGGGGAGCUGCUGGCCAGCGUGGGCACCAUGCCCGGCCUGCAGCGGCUGGACCUCUCGGCCAACCGGCUUGGCCCCGCAGGGCUGCAUGCGCUGGCCGCCGGGCUCUCGGGCCCCACCACCUUCCAGAACCUGGAAGAGCUAGAUCUCAGCCUGAACCCCCUGGGCGACCGCUGCUCCCAGCCCCUGGCCAUGCUGCUUCAGGCCUGCCCUGUCUUGAGCGUGCUCAAACUGCAAGCCUGCAGCCUCAGCUCCGCCUUCCUGGAGCACUACCGCCUCCUGCUGGCCAAUGCCCUGAAAGGAGCUGUGCACCUCAAGCGCCUCUCUGUGUCCCACAAUGCCCUGGGCUCCCCUGGCCUGGAACUGCUCCUUGGGAGCCUGCCCGGCGAGACGCUCACCCACCUGGAGAUCGGCUCGGUGGGGGCCGGACCAGAGGACCGGCAGCCUCUGCCGGAGGCGCUGGGCAGGUACUUGGCACAGGAUGGCUGUGCUCUCACCCACCUGACUUUCUCUGGGAAUCGCCUGAACGAUGAUGCCGUCGCGGAGCUGGCCAGGUGCCUCCCCGUGUGCCCAUCUUUAGUCUCGCUGGACUUGUCUGCAAACCCCGAAAUCAGCAUUGUGGGCCUCCGGACGCUGCUGCUGGCCCUUGAGGAGAGGAAAGCCGGCCUCCAGCUCCUCCACUUGGCUGGCUGCUCUGUCCGAGGGCCUCUGGACAGCGUGACGUGGACGAAGCUCUCCUCCAACGUGCGCCGGCUGCAGCUCUGCAGCCGCCACCUCAGCAGAAGCGACCAGCAGGACGUGGCGGAGCUGUGGCGGGGCCCAGCCGGCACCACCCUGCGCUCGGUCACCCACCACCACCGGCUCUUCUGCCAGUGCCUGUAGCAGCCCCUGCCAGCAGUGCCGGCCUUGAGGCCUUCUGAACACUCCGGCUCCAGCCGCACGGGGAAUUAGUCUUUGGAACCGCUACUC